AUGGACGAUGUGAUCAAUCCAUUCCGUAGUUGCUUUUCAACGAUGCCAGCCACGACGAGUCCUUAUGCAGCUUUAAAAAAUAUCCAAGUAACGGUGGGUAACGUCCCAAUUUGGAAUAACUCUGUCAACUUCGGCUACGAUCUAUUCGUUGGCUUACUGUCUCAGCAUCUAUGGGAAUCACUGUACCGAUUUAUUGCUGUUGACAUUGGCCGUCGUCUACCCAGCGACGAUGGUGCAAGCAAGUCGACAAUUGUUUCAGGCACGAACAACACGAACUACGCGCUUACGAUUUAUUCUCAUAUUCUACGUGAAGUCGUAGCAACUGUAGAUACUGCUAUGGGCACUGUCUCUCAAGGCGCGGUUCAAAACUAA